AAGGAGCUGCCGGCUCCAGGCUAGCCGACCCGCACCAUGCCCCGCAUCGAUGCGGACCUCAAGCUGGACUUCAAGGAUGUCCUCCUGCGACCCAAGCGCAGCAGCCUCAAGAGCCGAGCAGAGGUGGAUCUGGAGCGGACCUUCACAUUUCGAAACUCCAAGCAGACCUACUCAGGGAUUCCCAUCAUUGUGGCCAACAUGGACACUGUGGGGACAUUUGAGAUGGCAGCGGUGAUGUCACAGCACUCCAUGUUUACAGCAAUUCACAAGCAUUACACCCUGGACGACUGGAAGCUCUUUGCCACUGAUCACCCAGAAUGCCUGCAGCAUGUAGCCGUGAGCUCCGGCAGUGGGAAGCAUGAUCUGGAAAAGAUGAGCAGCAUCCUGGAAGCUGUGCCACAGGUUAAGUUUAUUUGCCUGGAUGUGGCCAAUGGCUAUUCGGAGCACUUUGUGGAAUUCGUGAAACUCGUCCGUGCCAGAUUUCCAGAGCACACCAUUAUGGCGGGGAACGUGGUGACAGGGGAGAUGGUGGAAGAGCUGAUUCUCUCCGGAGCAGAUAUAAUCAAAGUGGGAGUUGGACCAGGUUCCGUGUGCACCACCCGCACCAAGACGGGGGUGGGGUACCCCCAGCUGAGUGCCGUGAUUGAGUGCGCAGACUCUGCCCAUGGCCUGAAGGGGCACAUCAUCUCUAGCGUCGGAGGGCAAGACCGUGGAAGUGCCUUACAGAGGAGAUGUAGAAAACACGAUCCUGGAUAUUCUGGGGGGACUGAGGUCUACCUGCACCUACGUGGGGGCCGCCAAGCUCAAAGAGCUCAGCAAGAGGACGACAUUCAUCCGGGUGACCCAGCAGCACAACACGGUGUUUGGCUAACCUGGGGGCAGGUGCCGGCUGCUCACAGAAGCUUCCACACGCUGCGUUCACAUCCCCGUCCGUCUGUCCGUCCGUCUGGGCUUCGGGCUGCUCCUGAACGGUGGGACGCUGCCUCCCCUGCUGCCGCCCGGAAGCGCUGGGGUCCCCUGGUGCCUGUGGUGGGGCGGGAAGCAGAGCACAGAUAGGGUCAGUGGUCAGAGCCCAGCUGCCCGGAACUCAUAACCUCAUUGUUCAAACUAACACUCGUACCUUUUUCUUUCUUUUUUAAAAAGAAAAUGGUUUCACUUUAAUAUAAUGUUGUUACCUUAAGA